AUGGAUACUUUUGUACAUGAGAGGCCAUUAAAACUCAAGCUUGAGGAGAGUGUUUCUAACGUUUGGCCAGAAUUUGGAUCAAAUGGAAAAGAUCUCAUAGAGGUCCAUCAUGUGCUUAACCAUACAAGUGGUUUGCACAAUGCUUUGGUUAAAUUUACAUCAGAAAAUCCUACGAAAACUGCUGACUGGGACGACUGUCUAAGGCGGAUUGCCGAGUCAGAACCUGAAACUGAACCAGGCCAACAGCAGGUCUAUAACUAUCUGUCUUUUGGCUGGCUGUGUGGUGGAAUAAUUGAGCAUGCGUCUGGGAAGAAAUUUCAAGAGAUUCUUGAAGAGGCGUUCAUUCGUCCACUAAAUAUUGAAGGCGAGCUAUACGUUGGAAUUCCGCCAGAGUCAAACUCUGUAUUUUGCUAUAACUAUGAAACUGAAAUAGCUGUCAUCAAUGGCAAUACCAUGCCUUUCAAUGGCUACCCUCCAGGUGUGGAAUCUCGACUUGCAAGUCUUGAAAUAGAUGAAUAUGAUCUCAACAAGUACUCAAAGAGCAUUUAUCAUCCUAACGUACCCUUCGACGUUGACAAAAUUGCAGAGCUUAUCACUGAUGCGCCAGUUUUCUUUAACAUGCUGAACACUCGUCGAUCCAUCUUACCUGCUACUAAUGGACAUUGCUCAGCCCGUGCAGUUGCACGCUACUAUGCAGCCCUAGCGGACGGGGGAGUGAUCCCACCCCCACAUUCCUCACUAUCCAAGCCCCCACUUGGUAGUCACACUCACAUCCCCAAAUUUCCUUCACAGGAGAAGUCAAAAAAGCCAAAAGGUAAGAAAAGUAGGGAGGUACCUACGGCUUCAAAGAAAAACACAAACAAUAACGGAAAAGAGGCUAGUGGUGAUGGUUACACUGUGCUCACAAAUAAUGAUGGCAAGAUCUUUAGGAACCCUAAAAUCCAUGAUGCAUUCUUGGGUGUUGGUGAUUAUGACAAUUUGGCCUUGCCAAAUGGGGAAUUUGGACUGGGGUUUAAGAGGAGUGAAGCUGAGGAUGGAUCGCUUAUUGGUUUUGGGCACUCAGGCGUGGGUGGAUCAACAGGUUUCUGUGACAUAAAAAACAGGUUUGCUAUAGCGGUGUCAUUGAACAAAUUGUCAUAUGGUGCUGCAACUGCAAAAAUCAUUGACUUAGUUUGUUCAGAGCUAAAUAUCCCACUGCCGGUGAAGUUUUCAUCUGUUAAGGACUCUGAAAAGCCUCUCAUUCAUUGA